GUGGUUGGGCGCGGAGGCUGCCGGGAAGAAAAGUGGUUGGGCGCAGAGGCUGCCGGGAAGAAAAGUGGUUGGGCGCGGAGGCCGCCGGGAGCGUCGUUGGUUGACAUGGCGGGGCUGGAGCUGCUGUCGGACCAGGGCUACCGCGUGGACGGGCGUCGUGCCGGGGAGCUAAGGAAGAUCCAGGCCCGAAUGGGCCUGUUCGCCCAGACCGACGGCUCCGCCUACAUCGAGCAGGGAAACACCAAGGCCCUGGCCGUCGUCUACGGGCCGCACGAGAUGCGCGGGUCGCGUUCGCGGGCGCUGCCGGACCGGGCGCUGGUGAACUGCCAGUUCAGCAUGGCCACCUUCAGCACCGGCGAGCGGAAGCGGCGGCCGCACGGGGACCGCAAGGCCACGGAGAUGAGCCAGCACCUGCAGCAGACGUUUGAGGACGCCAUCCUCACCCAGCUCUAUCCCCGCUCGCAGAUCGACAUCUACGUGCAGAUCUUGCAGGCCGACGGCGGCAACUACGCCGCGUGCGUCAACGCGGCGACGCUGGCGGUGCUGGACGCCGGGAUCCCGCUGCGGGACUUUGUGUGCGCCAGCUCGGCGGGCUUCGUGGAGGACACGCCCCUGGCCGACCUCAGCUACGUGGAGGAGGCGGCCGGCGGGCCCCAGGUGGCCCUGGCCUUGUUGCCCAGCUCCGGCCAGAUCACCCUCCUGGGCCUGGAUGCCCGGGUGCACGAGGAUCACCUGGAGCGGGUGCUGGACGCCGCCACCGCCGCCGCCCGCGACGUCCACACCGUGCUGGACCGGGUGGUGCGCCAACACGUCCGUCAGGUGUCCGCCCUGCUCGGGGAGUGAGCUUCUCCCCGCCGGGCCCCCGGGAGUCAAACUCAGCCGUUCCCUUUGUGCCGCGACUCUCCUUCGGGGCUGGGCAGCCUGCUGGGCUAAGCGCUUGGUAGACGCCCAAGAGAAACGGCGGGUGGGCUUUGGAUCCGACCCUUCCAGGCCGAAGUCUGCGUGAGGGAAACGAUUCUAAAGCUAGUGGUUUUGUGCAACGCCGCUCGCCCGCUCUCUGCCCUGUCGGGUGUGUCGUCGUCCCCCAUUUUGCCCUGGUCGCUUUGGACUCUGGGUCUGUAGAUUAAUGUGGAGAAUAACAAAGGUUCCUCUGCUAGGUUGUAGGAUCUUUGAGGCCAGGACUCAUGCCUGCUUAUUCAGUUCAACUCUCCCAAAUGCUUGGUUCGGUUCUCUGCCCCCGGUGCUCAAGGAAUACCACGGGACUUUAAAUUUUGAGUGCGAGGUGAAACGGAAAGGGGAUUUAAGGUGGAAGAAGAACUGAGCUGGAAAGAGCAAAUAGGCCAUAGGCGUUCGGGGCUGUUCAGCCUUGACUGGAAGCUCUCAGGUCAUGUCAGAAGCUUUCCCCCGCUAAGCCCUCACUUCCCUCUUCUCCCGCUCCCUCCUGCAUCCCCUUUGCACUCGGCUUUGUUCCCUUUAUUCACCCCUCCCUCAGCCCCGCGGCACUCACGGGCAUAUAUGUAAUUUAUUUAUAUUAAUUUCUUCCUCCUCUAGACCGUAAAACUAGAUGAGGGCGGGGGACAGGUCUGCCAACUGUUAUAGCGUGCCCUCCCAAACGUUUAGUACAGUGCUCUGUGCUCAAUAAAUCUGAUUGAUUAA